CCCAGAGGGAAGAAGGAACAGUGCCCGCUCGCGGAAGACACUGUUGUUGUGUUUGUGGUAUCGCAUGGUUUACUAAUUUUUUGCUCCUGUUAAGUUGAUUUGAAUUUUCUUUUCCGCCCACGCAUUCGUGCGUAUCAGCAUUUUAUCGUUUUAUAAUUACCGUUAUCAACACUUCGAGAUAUCGAGUAUGGCCCAAAUUAGUCCAAUCGCACCUGCGGGCAGCCCCAGAGGGCAAAAACGGAAAGAUCCUGAAGACACUGACGAAAUGGCGGACCAACUUUCUCCUGGCGAGAAUUCGAAGAAUGACCUUCCCUCAGCGUUUGUUCUCAUUGAUUCACCAGAGGAACGCCGAGAUCUUGUUGGUGGUCAUGGCUCUUCAUUAGGCCCUAUUACUAGUAUCGGAACUGGAGUCUCCACAGCUAAUUUUACUUCUACUCCUCGUCUGACCCAUACUCCUAAUUCUCCAGAGUUUCAGCCGCCUUACUUUCCCCCUCCUUAUAACCUCCCACAGCAGCAGCUGGAGUUCCACCACGUCGCAGCUGAUCCCUACGGCCAUUUGAACAGUUUGACUGCUGUUGCCCAACAUCAGCAACAGUACCACCAGCUUCAUCCACCACAACGUACAACCAGUGUCCUUGGUGCACGACGAGAAGAUGAAGCUCUCAUCCUCCAGGCUAACAUGCAUCCGAGCUUGUCCGUCACCUAUGACCCUUCCCGUAGGAGUGACCCUUCAUAUGCUGCGGUACGGCGGCCGGACAUCCUUAUGCAUAGUGGUCAUCACGGACUGAGUGAACAAGAUCUUCUAAGUCUGCAGAAUUCCGGAACCUUACCACCACUUCUUGAUGAUGGACAAACAACGCCAGUGGAAGACGCCAACAACCUUUUUGGUGGGGAUCACAAUAGUGUCAUCAGGAAAGGCAUCAAACCCCGUAACGGUGAGAAUCAUAAGAGCAUGUUUUUAGGAGGAGGAGCGGCAUCGCCAGCCGAUGUUUUCUGUUCCGUUCCGGGACGACUAUCGCUUCUUAGCUCGACAUCCAAGUACAAGGUGACAGUGGGUGAAAUUCAACGCCGGUUGUCUCCACCGGAGUGCCUCAACGCGUCACUACUUGGAGGAGUCCUUAGACGGGCCAAAUCUAAAAACGGAGGGAAGUGCCUUCGUGACAAACUGGAGAAGAUUGGUCUAAAUCUUCCCGCAGGAAGGCGAAAAGCAGCUAACGUCACCCUGCUGACGUCCUUAGUGGAAGGAGAAGCGAUUCACCUUGCUAGAGAUUUCGGUUACGUCUGUGAAACCGAAUUUCCUUCGCGUCAAGUGGCAGAAUAUUUGUGUCGAAACAUCGCAGACCCUAAUGAUCUUUACCGAAGAAAGGACAUUUUACUGGCCACAAAACAAAUGGUAAAAGAAUUUGUAGAUCUUCUUAAUCAAGACAGGUCACCUUUGUGCAAUACUAAACCUCAAAUCAUCCUCGAACCGAACAUACAGCGCCAUCUAUCGCAUUUUUCUUUCAUGACCCACGGUUUUGGGAGUCCGGCAAUUUUGGCAGCUUUAACGGCAGUUCAAAAUUACCUCACGGAAUCUUUGAAGUUCUUAGAAAAACAAAUUAACAACUACCAGAAUCCAACAGCAACACACGUAUCAGCAGCAUCAACUCUAGGAACCAUUAAGAAGGAUGACAAAAAAUAGUCGUGCAGUUUCGUGGAAAAGAAGCGGCAGUGUUUCUUAAGGUGGUCAGUCUCAUUUGUCAAGGCUUUUGUAUCACAUGCUCAAGCAUCAAAUACUCCUGAUGAGAUUACAGAAUGAUGUUUCAAAUCGUACGACACCUAUUGCGGAUCCAUGAAUACUUAGAGUUUGUUAUUGGUGCUGCCCUCUUGAAAAUGCUCAAAAUCGUACUAAGCAUUAGAACUGGAAGGAAAUCUUCCGUAGCUUCCAGGUUUUAGAAGCCCGUACUUAGUUCAUAAGACAAUGUUAAAAUGCCAUACAAUAUGCCAUGUUGAUAUUAGAGUUUUUGACUGCCAUAGAAUGACUUCAUGAGAAGUUUUACCGUACGUGGUCUUAAGGUUAUAGAGCUGACAAUUAGAAUGUGUGUGCUUGUAAAGAAACAACAUAAACCAAAAGGAAAAUACAACGGUGUAUUCGCUAAUUACAGUAGCACGCAGCGGUCAGAUUGGGAUUUUAAAAGAGGUGGAACUUCGUUUUGUGAUCCAUUUUGUAGCAGCAACGUGGAUGACAGCGUGGUCCAAUGAGAAGACCAGGAACGCCCAUGUCUUUAAUCCUCAAGAGACGAAACGCCGUUCCCAAUUUAACAUCUUGUAGCAUGUUACUGGCACGAGCUUGUAGUUAAGUUGCCAUGUUCUAAAAUUCAAACAUAUGUAUUGUAGCAUGUAUAAACGUUUGAAGUUAAGAUUAGUUCUUUUUUGUUUUUGAAUUCAUACUGAUAAGGAACGAAGGUUAAAUGUGCGUGAAAAUUUAUAGCACAGGGAUUGUGUUUAACUUUUUUGAUUUGGUUUCAUUUGUUUCUCAAGAUGAUGUUAAUUAAUUAAAAAAAAAUAACUUUCAAUACAUGUAAACAAGCACAAUUUCUGUUGUGUAUACUUCGAGGCAUAAGACAGGGCCAUGUAUGGUGUAAACAUCCAAUUUUAAAUUCUUUUGUCGUUUUGAUGAUUGCGUUACAGCAUGAGCCCAGAAUUUAUCUUCAUAGAUGUUUUAUGCGUGUUUUUGUUUGGGGGGAGGAGUCUUUUUUUUGUUUUUUUUUUUAAAAAGGCCAAUAUGCGACAAGUUUUUCUUAAGCAUAAUACGAUUGAGAAUUUCCAUAACAGCAGUAUGUAAUUUUGGGUUGUUGGUACAAUUAAUUUUGAGAAGAUUGAUUAAUUAUUUGAUUUUAUUGUCUAAUAGCCCUUCUACCUCAGUAUUAAAAUAAUUAUCGUAAUAAACGUUAUUGAAAACACAUUGUAAGCUAUUGAACAAAUGUGUUAUGUUUUAAUAUUUGGUUGUGAAGUAAAUACCCAACUUAUGAUAAUGAAAAAAGUUAUUGUAUUAUAAGUUAAUGUCUACUAAGCAUAAUGGUGAAAUGCGCUUGGACCAAGUCUUAAGUUAUUUUUUGUUUCACACAAGUUUUAUUAUUCUCAUAUAUAAACUUGUGGCAUAAAAGUAUGUGUUUGUAACAAGUUUUAUUUACUGUAACUAACUGUGUUUCUUUAAAUUA